UAUUUGGAUUUUAGUUAGCCUUAAGCAAACAGAGCCUAACACCUCACUUUCCCUUUCUUCCUCUCCUUGCGUCACCGGAGACAAUGCCGUCAUCAGAACUUCGAAAUUCGCCGCCGGUAAAGCUAGUUUCCUCUCAAAAACGUUCAAGAGAAAAAUCUCUCCGUAUUCUCCUAAAAUCAUGGCAAUCACAAAACCUUCUUCCCCAAAACGACGCCAAAAAGCUAUGGAAAUCACUCUUCAACUGCGUUUUACACUCCGACAAGCCUCAUCUUCAAUCCGACCUCAUCGAUCGCAUCACCUCACAUCUCUCAACACUCCACCAUCAUCAGCCUUCACUCGCACUUCAGUAUUUCUCCAUUUUCUUCAUCACCAUUCGUCGUGAAUUGUCCGGUAUCGAUUCCCUUAGGUUAGAAAAAUUCUAUCUUCUGAUUCGUAGAUUCAUUUCGAAUUUAUUCUCUUUACUUAAUAAGAAUUCGUGGAAUUUGGAAUUUGUAGAGAGUUUUAUGAAUUGUUUGGGUGAUGCUACUUUUUGUGGUAAAGAUAAGUUGUUGAUUAAAGCAAAUGGUGUUAAUUAUCAUGUUGUUUCUGUUUUUCUUGAUGAGAUUACGCCUUUUUUACCGGUUAAUUUGUGUGUUUUAGAAGUGCUGUUUAGGCCGUUUUUUGAUGCUAUGGUUAAGUUGAAUGAUAAGGUUUUGUUAGGGAAGAUUAAGAGUUGCUUUUUUGAUGUGUUGUUGAUGAAUGGGAAGAGGUUGUUGGAGGUUAAGAAGAAUGGGGAUGAAGAUUGUAACGGUGAUGUUGUGAAUUUGGGAACUAUAGCGAUUGUUAUGGAGUUUUCUUCUAAGUUAUUUGAGUUGGGUUCUGGUUCUGAUUGUGUUGAGGGGAGUAGAAAGGUGUUGUUUGAGUUGCAUCGCGCGUUCUUGAAGCUGGAGAGGGAUGCUGUUAAUUCGGGGUUUAAGGUCAUUUCUGAUUCUGUUGAUCAGGGUGCGAAGGAUUUGGUUCCCAUUGUUGAGGUUGUUGGUUUAGGCAAGAAGGGUUCUGUCGACAAAGGGAAAAUGACAAAGAAGAAGAAGAAUAAGAAGAGCGGAAAUUGUGAGAUGAAUUGUGCUGAUAAGAAUGUUGCUAACGAGAAUGGUGGAAAUUCAAAUGAUGAACAAGUUGUUGAUGGUGAAGGCGCAAUGGUUUUGAAUGAGAGUAUGCUUUCAAAUCUCCAAAAGCGGUUUGAGAAUAUUGCUGCCGAAGGAGGUUUUGCAGAUAGUGUUGCAAGUGAAGCUACUGGGAUUGUAUCUAACAAGAGAAAGAGAACAAAGAAUUCUGAAGGAAAGACAUCUCAAGACUGUGAUUUGAAUGGUGGAGAUGUGGAAUAUUCGGCAGUAGCAAAGAGUGGGGAGAAAAGUUCGAAGAGGGUAAAAUUUUCCAUGGAAAGUAACUUGGUCUGGAUGCCACACAGUCCUUUACCUCCUGAGAGCUUAAGAAUUCCUCCAUCUGUUACACCCAGAGGAAGUGCACUCAAAAAGGGUGUACCCCCAGGUCCUAUCUGCGAUACGCCUCUCCCUCUACCGACCAAAGGGGCGAAACGGAAGAAGGCCAGAGAUACAAUACGCUUGAUGAAAUUAAAAUCUCUUUCUGUGUGAUUUCCCUGACAUUAUGAGGUUAUAUUUCCAUGACUUAUUUUGUCAAUCAUUUAUUUGUUAUUCUUGAAAUUUUGAAACUUCAUUAUGAUAGUUGAAUUCUACCCCAAGUGUAAAGCAAAUUGACUUUUAGCUUAGAGCUAAUCUAUUCAAGAUCAUAAUGUUGAUUAAUGUGUGAUUCAUCUACCUAUCCAUGCCAUUUCUUUCUAUCUUAUUACUAUUGUUGUUGAUGUUUUAUUUUGUUUUAACAAAUGGCUUAAAAUGCUUGGUAAUGAUGACCUUGUGACUUAUUGAGGAUUGGCACACUGUUUUUUCCUUCAAAGCUGAGCCUUGUUGUUGGCACCUACUUGUAAUAUAUUGAUAGCUUGUUGAGGAGUUUCUUUUUUUAGGAAUGAGUGAAGGGUUAUGAACUUGUGAUAUGAAUGAGUCUGUGAUCAGCAGUGGCUGUACUGCCUAUGUUUUUAUGUUUUAAACGGAUGAGAAGUCGAGAAUGAUGGUUCAUUGCUUUGCAAUGUAUUGGGGUUAUUUGAAUGAUACCUUGCUUCUUAUGAUUAACAGGGAAGUCCAUAGGGUCCAUGGAAAUGAUGAAAUCACUAGAGGAACAUUUGUUGUACCAUAUUAGAAAAACUAGAGGAAUACUAGGGAGUUUGAAUCUGUGACUCUGCCCCCUUGUGAAAUUUUGACACAUUUUGUGAAUUUAUUUGUUGUUUGCAGAUGUUUCAUAUAUUCUAUCAUGUACAUAAAAUAGGCCGUAAUGAUUUUUUAUUUAUUGGAAUGAUAUAGGGCCUGAUUGUUUCAGAUUUUUCACCAAAAAAAAAAUCUAUUUUUUCCAAAAAAAAAAUCUAUUUUUUUUAUCUUGUGUUUGUUUCAGAUUUUUUCAAAAAUCAUUUUAGUAAAAAUAUCAUUUUUUUUCAUCAAAAUGAGAAUCUAUUUUCAAUAGCUUUUAUCAAAAUCCAUUUUUUUAUCACUCAUCAUCCCUCACCAUUUAAAAAAAUAGAUUUUUAUGAUUGUAAACAAACGGCAAAUAGCUUUAGAUUUUCUUCAAAAUCUCUAGAUUUUUUUUAAAAAAAAGUCCAUUUUUUAAAGCUGAAACAAACAGGCCCAUACAAGUGUAACAAUUUAACCUCAAAAGAUUGUAUCUAAUACAAAGAAGAAAUAAGAAAUAAUCAAGAAGCUAUGAGAAAUUGGUAUAGAUUAGUCAAAUCAAAGAAAUAGACUAAUGUAUAGAUUAGUAAAAUAAAAGAAAUAGACAAAUGUCUUCCAUGAUAACUUCAGAAAAGACUGUAUCUUUGUGCAUUUUUAACUGCAGAGUACUAUAGCAGUGUGUGAUGAUUUUCAUGUUGCUCAAAUGUCUGCUUUCCCUGGAAUGAGUCAAUGUCUAGUCGGAUGUAGGACUGGCUUUAUGCUUUCUCCAAAUGGAUUUUUGUAAGCGGUUGCGUGGUGUCUCCAUUAUCAGCAGUAGAGAAAAACCAUGGAUAAUGCUUUACGAGCAUGCUGCAAAGGUGACAAUGGUCAGCCAGUUUUUCAUCUGCAUAUAUGCUUCGGAAUUGAGUGUAUAAUUAUGUUUGUUUGAUUUCACAAUGUCUAACUCGUCCCCUGGUUAUUGAGCAUCUAAUAUAUGAGAAGUUGCCAAAUGAUAUCUCAGAUAGGUAUGUGUUGCAGUUGGAUCCUAUCUUAAGGCACAGGUUUGUCUGUUUUGUAAUGUAUGUUUAAUUUAGUGUCAGUUUAAGGUGUGUUUUGUGCAAGCUGACACAUGAACAGCACAUGAUAAAUAUUUCAGUUUUAAAACAAUUUGUUGUUUUUUGUCAAAAAUAAAAUAAAAUUUGUUGUUUGCAUAUCUAUUGAUGAUCAAUACAACACAAGCAAAGCAAUGGAAAAGUUACUUCAAUACCUAUAUUGUGUAAUGUAAUGUCUAUUUCACGGUUCAUGCAGUUAUUGGUGAACAUUCAUAUGACACACACAGUUAUUGACUUUGAGCAUUCAUAUGAGAAAGCAUAGAUAUUGAGUAGAAAAUGAAAAAAGGUAAUUUUGUCUUUAGUUAGUGUCUGUUGUCCUUGGAAGAAGUUAUCCCAUGGCUUGUCACUUUGUUGAGUAACAAAAUGUUAGAGCCUUUAAUUUUAUAUGGAACAAUCUUUUUUGUUUGGUUUUUUUUUUUGACAAUCUUUUUUGUUUGGUUUAGUCCUUCAUUUUUGAGCAAUCCAGCAGUCUCUAAAUAUUUUACAGCUUGUAAAAAUGCAAACGAACCAUCAGCAGCCUACUGCAACUUUAGGUAAUUUUGCCGAUCAAGCAACUUUAAUUUUAAACGUGUACCAGAGUCCAACAUUAUAUUUCUCAACCUCGUCUUAUGGGUGUACCAGACUCCAACAUUAUAUUUCUCAACCUUGUAUCAGCACCUCAAAGUAUGCAUGACAUCCGAGAUUGACAUUGGUCUGAAUGAAGAUUUCCGUGUCAUUCCUGGGAUAUGCGAGUUUGGGGACCAGUACUUUGGAAAAGAUGACGAUGACGAGCAGUUGGAGAGCCGUUCAUGGUAAUUAUUCUUGGGCAAAAUCAACAACAUUUUUGGUUGAUCAUUAACUAACGAGACUUCACUGUAAAGAAAAGGAUUGGACUUUGCUGAAUCGAGACUCUGCCAGGAUUUUAGUGCUAGUUGUAAUUCAAUUUUGAUCAUAAUCCUUAUUUUACUUUAUUUAAUGACAUAUAGUUGAAAUCCUCGGAUGCAAAUUUUGUGAUCAUGUAUUAUUUUACCCGAUAUUAUCCUUGAACUUAUUCUUUGCUGAUACUGUGAUAAUAGAAUACAUGUUCAUGAA